AUGGGCAAAGGUGAUCCUAAGAAGCUGAGAGGGAAAAUGUCUUCAUAUGCCUUCUUUGUGCAAACUUGCCAGGAGGAACACAAGAAGAAGCACCCAGACGCUUCUGCAAACUUCUCAGAAUUUUCUAAAAAAUGCUCAGAAAGGUGGAAGACAAUGUCAGCUAAAGAGAAAGGAAAAUUUGAGGACAUGGCAAAAGCUGAUAAGGUUUGUUAUGAAAGAGAAAUGAAAACCUACAUACCACCUAAAGGAGAAACAAAAAAGAAGUUUAAGGAUCCCAAUGCACCAAAGAGGCCUCCUUUAGCAUUUUUCUUAUUCUGUUCUGAGUAUCAUCCAAAAAGUAAAGGGGAGCAUACUGGUCUUUCUAUUGGAGAUGUGGCAAAAAAAUUGGGAGAAAUGUGGAAUAAUACUGCUGCAGAUGACAAACAACCUUAUGAAAAGAAGGCAGCUAAGCUGAAGGAAAAAUAUGAAAAGGGUACUGCUUCAUACCAAGCUAAAGGAAAACCUGAUGUGGGUAAAAAGGGAGGUGUUGUCAAAGCUGAGAAGAGCAAGAAAAAGAAGGAGGAGAAAGAAGAUGAGAAAGAUGAAGAAGAUGAGGAGGAGGAGGAGGAUGAAUAAGUUUGUUCUAGAGCAGUUUUUUUCUUGACUAUGAAGCAUUUAACCCCCUAUACACAACUCACUCCU